AUGGCCCAGUUUCUUGCCGCAGGCCCGUCUGUCGAUAUGGUCAACCUCGUCGCCUCUUUGUUCGGAACGCCCCCAACGGAUCCGGGCUACCCGGAUAACUUAACCAAGGCAUCGUACAUGUUUACGGGCUUGUCAUUUGUCCAGGGCAUGUCCAAUCUCUUCUAUAUGCCUCUCAUCAUCAAAUACGGACGUAGACCUGUCUACAUACUAUCGUUUCUCGUGUACGGCGGCUGUGCUCUUUGGGCCGGGCUAGCAACUAGCUACGCUAGCGAACUUAGUGCAAGGCUUAUGCUUGGUCUUGCUGGUGGUUCUGCAGAGUGUCUGGCUCCCUUGACCAUCGCAGAUACCUUUUUCCUCCACGAGCGUGGCUUGGUGAUGGCUCUAUAUUCUGCUUCCUUGUCCUCAGGCAUCGCUGGAGGUAUCAUCAUCUCGGGUCUCAUUACUAUGAAGAAGAGUUGGCGAGUCAUCUACUACGUGGCAACGGCCUUCAUCUGGGCUUUAGUCAUUGCCAUUUUCCUUACAAUGCCAGAGACAUCCUACAGGAGGUUCCAGAAAAACGAUCAGUUGUCGGUAAAACCCUCUGGAGUAUCCGGGUCGAAAGAAGCGUCCAGUCAUGUUGAAAUCUCAGACUCCACAGUCCCUCCGAAGAAGACCUACUUCCAGAGACUCGCAAUCUUCAGUGGGACAUAUACUUCUGAAUCUCUUUGGAAAUUGUUUUGGAGGCCAGUUCCUCUUCUAUUUCUUCCACCAGUCUUCUGGGCAACACUUGCCAUGUCUGUUGUUGUCGGCGCUUUUGUGGCGAUCAGCAGCAACUUUGCUUCCUCGUUCGCCCUCAACUACGGCUGGGUCUCAUGGCAAUCCGGUCUUUCAUUCGUUGCGGUGCUCCUUGGCUCACUUGUGGGAAUUAUGGGAGGCGGAUGGCUAUCGGAUGCCUGCGCAGAUUGGUUAACCAAGCGAAACAAGGGCGUCAGAGAACCCGAGAUGAGACUUCCUACCCUCACACUAUCGAUGAUCCUGGGACCACUCGGUUUAGUAUUAUAUGGUGUCGGUAUUCAGAACCGUUCUCACUGGAUAGUUCCUGUCCUGGGCCUGGGCAUUUUUGCAUUUGCCCUAACUCAAUCUACCAAUAUUUUGGUUGUCUACGUUAUUGACGCUUAUCGACCCGUCGCCGGCGAAGCCGUUGUCGCACAGCUGAGUUUCAAGGCCGCCUUUGGCUUCCUCCUGUCCUUCUAUGUUAAUCCAUGGGUCGAAAAAUCUGGUAUGCUCAACACUUUUGGAGCUUUGGCUGGAAUCAAUGCUGCAUUCUUUGUGAUGUGGAUACCAACAUACUACUUGGGGAAGAAGAUUCGCCAUGCGAGUCUCAAGUGGAGGAUCAUGCGUGGUGUGAACUGGAAUGAUGACCGUGAGGUUGGUGAAUAG